AUGUCAAAUUCAAACUUCGAUUUUACAAUUAAGUUUUUUCGUCCAACAAAACGUCCUGUUUUUACUCAUAAUGGUCUUUUGGAUAGUCGUACUAAACGUAUAAUAGCUCAAGAUCGUCUUAUUGUAGCUGAACAACGAAUUCUUAAUGUUGAAAAACAAAAAUCAGCUAGUAACCUUCAAUUAUUAGCAUUUGAACAAAAACAAGUAGAAAAAAGAUUAUUAUCUAUUCAGAAUUCUAAUCAAUCUGUACAAUUUCGCCAACGUUCAAUCAGUGAAGGUAAUCUUCAGAAUAUUCAUCAAACUACUUCUUGGAAUGAUACAUUUGAUAUGAAUAAAUCAAAAUUACAUACAACUAGAAACUCAAAUGUUUCAUUUCUACCACAAACUAACAAUAUUCCACGAAGCUUUUCAGUACAUUCUGAUAGAGUUACAUUAGAAAAUCAAGUCUCGGCAAGUGAUACAGAAAGUAAUGAAGAAGAAGAAGAAGAAGAAGAAAGUAAUUCAAAAUUAAGUAAAAAGGAAACAAUUCAACUACCUGUAAUCACUAUUAUUCCACCGGAAGACGACGUCUUAUUUUUUGUUCAAUAA